AUGGGCUACGAGUACAAUGCAGAGUUGUACAAGGAAUAUGUCGCUGUAUUAGAGACAGUUGGGGUAGAUGUACAAGAAGACUUAGAAGAGAUAUACAAGAAAUACAUAGCAGAACAAAUGGCAGUGUUCCCGUAUAUAGAUGAGUCUGUUCUAAGAAUGUAUAGCUUGGUCUUUUUUCUGAAGUAUGUUAAACAGUCGCAAGGAAUGGCUAAGUUUAAAACCGUAUAUUCAAAGUUAGAGAUGCAGAAGAAGCUGAUCUCCAGGGCCAUGGACACAGUCACUAUAAACUUUGAAAAGCCUCAGGCUGAUUUUUCUGUUGUAGAAGACUGGAGUUCUCUUUACAGCAUACAUAAGAAAUGUAUUAUAGACUUUGUGAAAGUACGAAGACAGAAGCCAACAAAAUAA